UAUUCUGUACUUAAAGAAGCUUAUCAAUGCCAAAACGAACAUCGGUUUUGCUAUGGAUGUAUCUAUACAUGGUCCACCGGUCCGAACUUGGGGCACGAUGGUUGUCCAGUGUGCCGAUGUGACGGUCUGUAUGCGAAAAACUUUGAUCUUGUGGACAGAAUAAAUCGAAAACGAGUGCGAUGUCUGGCCAACGGAUGUAACUGGAUGGGUAUGCUGAAUGAGUACGCACCCCAUGAGCAUAGGCGUUACAGCCCGUACGAGCUGGACAUACUCAUAUCCAGUUACCCAAAAGAGCCGUUAAUCAAGUUUGCCUCCGGGAAAGACAAGGAACAGGAAGAGAUAACGUCAGAGGAACAACUGGGAGAAAGUAUUCAACCAAAGCUUGAACAGGCAACCGUGACGGAAGUAAAUCACGAACGAGCUGAAAUCAGUACUCCGGUCGGUUUAUUACCGGUAACAUGUGAACCAGUAACCACGUCAUUGGAAUGUACUGAAUCCAAUGGACCAGUUCAACAGGACACCCCUGCCGGCCUACAUAGACUUGGGAGAUAUGCUGGAACGGCCAGAAAUUGCACCCCAGUACGAACACUCAUUCGUCGAACACACGUAAGACGAAAUACAACCAUCGGUCAUACAGAUCCGGUAAUCUCACGCGAAUCAAACGUAAAUCGACCAGCAACACAGAACUCACAACUCCGUAUUCCCAACAGACACUCGGCCAACACACCGACGACCAUGCCCAAUAUCCCACGACCACUGGUAACAUCACGAACCACGAGGAUCAAUCCGACCACCGCAACCCCAAGUGCGGAUCACAUUUCACGAACAACAACAAACCCGCGACAACGCAGACGAUCUAGACAUGCGAGUAGAAACUCCGCAAGGCGAUCAGUUAGUCCAGCUGUGAAUAGUACACAACAAAGGGGGGGAAAUGUAAGAGAAAUCAUGAGCUCCACACCGAAUCGAUGGAACUCUGCAGCACUUGAGCAAUCAAUCGGUGGUGAGAACAAUGCGAUCAUCGAACUUAUCCCACCAACAGAGUCAACAGGGAGUCCGUUGCUACCAACACCACCGCCAGUCAUUUCUACAUCAACACCACCAUCUACAACAUUCUUAGCAGCGCGAAAUCAACUUUUUCCAGUGGAAUGCAGGAGCGAGGGUGAGAUGCACGGUCACGAGAAUCCAAUGACAAACUCAGAAACCACUCAGGAAGAGUCAAUAGAUCGCAGAAAUGAAACAUGUACCCUACCUGCGAUUAAUCCAAACGCAACUUUGACUACAGGGUCAACAGUUCGUCCGUCGUAUGAACACCAUGCAUCCGUCAACGAGGACCGUCUCAGUUCUGAACAUCCGAGCAAUCGAUCACAACAUGAUUACCCAGACGUCCCUUCGCGUCGUCCAUUGGAAUUCCGACGUCUAGUUCCACGACGCCAAGGACGUGUUGUCGAACAGCUCCGAGAAACGCGUGAACAGCUAGCUGCAAUGCUUCGCUUGAUGACCAUGGAAUUGGAAGAGCGCAGGCAACAUGUAAUAGCUGCCACAUUGGAAACCGCAGCACGAGGACGAGUCUUACGUAACCUAAAUAAUCAAUUAUCCGGCCGAACAGAUUCGGAAAGCAACGAACUGGACACAGAACGUGAAUCACAAUCAACAACAGUUGAAAGAUCCAGUGCAAAUUCAAACCCACAAAACCGACAAAAUCACAAUCAUGCGAAUUCUUGGAGUGUGCUGCGCAAUCUACCCACCCCAGAUCGUACAACACACCAGCGGCAACCUUUUCGCCUACUCCGUUUCACCAGUGGGACCGACAAUACCUCCACUUCCCCACCGGAGACCACAGUUGACGAAUGGACAAGACGAACAGUUUUGGGGGAACCAGCUUCACGGACAAAUUCGGAAAGUGGGCGUUUGGUUGAUAGUGAACAUCCACCCACUGACUCAUCAUCAAACACGCGUCUCUUAACCCGAUUACGAGUUGGUGCAAUCACUCAGCCCCCAGCUCCGCCUAUUCUAUUGGUCUCGCGUCGCCGUAAUUUGAGCGCCCUCUUGUCAGAUCUACGGUACGCCAAUUCGACCGUGUACAGCGGAUGGAGCAGUGACGAUGAGGACGAAACAUGA